AUGUUAAGUAUGCAGAAAAGAUUAUUUUCUCAAGAUUUAUAAAAUUUCUCUCAAAAAAUCAAAAUUGAGAUGCAAACAAGAUUUGAAUAGAUUAAUUAUCUUAAAACUUAAGCUCUUCUAAGUGACAACUAAGACGAAAUAAAAAAAUUAUUAUUACAGAAAUAUGAUGAUUUUGAGAUAUAUUUGGACAACAUAACAGAUAUGUCAUAAAGACUAGACAUUAGUUUAAUUUUUUUAAGGGAAAUUAGUAAGGAUUUGAAAAAUAUUAAAUCAUCAAUAGAUUCAAUAUUAAAAAGCUUAAAAAGCGUUGUGGAUGACAUAAGAAGAUUAAGAGGUAAAAAUUUUAUGGAAUUAUUAACCAUCCGAAAAUAGAAGGUUUUACAUACAAAGCUAGAAAAUGAAUUGGAUUAAAUUCACAUUGAAAUUAAAACUUAAGAAUAUGACCCCAUCUCUGGAAAUAAGAAACAAAACAAAAAUGGAGAAUUUGUAACUUUUUUGAUGAAAUCGAAUUAUUAUGAUUAUGAUGGAGAAGUUAAUGAAUUUUUAUGGAGCGAAGAUGAAAAGCAAAAGGACGUUAUGUUAAUAAAGGGAAAAGCAGGUUCAGGAAAAAGUAGAGCUUCAUGUAAUAUUGAAGAAUUUAUUUGGAUUAAUGAUUCAAUUUCACCAAAUUGGAUUCCAAUUUAUGUGUCACUUCCUUCAAUAAAAGAUCCUAACAACAAUUUGAUUGAAUAGGCUUUUGAGUCUGAAAAUUACAACUUUGAUAGCAUUUAAAUAAGAGAAUUUAAAGAUGCUGUGAUGAAUGGAAAAUUAAGGAUUGUGAUUAUACUUGAAAGCUAUGAUGAGAUGAAAAUUGAUUGCAUUGGAACAAAUCUGUAUUAGACAAAUCGAUUAGCUUAUGAUCUAUGCCUUUAAGCCUAAGAAAAAGUAAAAUUUAUAAUUACAACAAGAGAAGAAAUACUAAACUCAAUAGGAUAUUAAACAUGGUUUUAUGGUUCAAAUUUAUAAAAUUUUAAAGAAGUAGAAAUAUUACCUUUUAGUAAAGAACAGAGUUCUUAGUAUCUUAAAAUAUACACUGAAAUUAGCUUUAAAAGAACAAUUAAGAAGUUUUAUGAAUUUCUCAAGUAAUUAAAGGGUUAAAACUUUUAAUUAGAUGAGUUUAAAUUAAUUUGGAGUCAAAUAGAAAAUACAAUUUAUCCUAUAAUAUAAAUGUAAAAAUCUGAUAUGUUAUUUGAAAAUUAAGCUGUUGAAAGGUUAAUUAAAGCAAUUUAAAAUGUUAAGUUUUUUAGUUUUAUUUAAUAGAAUUAAAUAUAAUCUCUAAAAAAAGAACUUCUUUAGCUAUGGGGAGAAAAAAAAUAUUAAUCAGUAAUCAUAAAUUUAGAUGUAACAAACCUAUUGUGUACCCCAUUUAUGAUGGAAAUAAUUGUUUAUGUGUUACCUGAAAUGUAUUCACUUCCCUCUAAAACGAACAUAAUUAGAGAAUUACUGAAAAAAAAUUAUGUGUUUUUGAAAAUGGAGGCUAAAACCUCAGAGGAAAAUAUGGAAAUUUAUUCCAAAUUGAGAAACAAUAAUUUUUAAAUUGAGGCAGAAGAUGAGAUAUACAAAAGUAAUAUGAAUAAAAGUAGAAUGAAAGAAAUAGAAAUAAAUUAAUAAUUUGCUUAAAUUUUAGAAAUUUUAGAUAAAUAAAAUUUUUUUAAAUCACUUUCAAUGGCAGAUUCUUUAUAAUAUGAAAGCUAUACUACAAUCCUCUCAAAUAAAAACAUCAACGUCGAUUUUGAUGUGAAUUUUAUUGUUUCAGCUUUCAAGCUCCAUAAAUAUACUGCAUUUGAAUUUUAUGAAAUCUUUGUGAAUUUUUACCACAAUUAACAAAGGUAAAAAUUUAAAGCAUUUGGUUAAAAUAUUAAAGAAGAAAUUAUGAUUUCAGAUUUAUAAGAAUUUUCAAUAUUUUUGGCAAUCGAUAUGACUAUGAGAUAACUUACAUAAGUAAAUUAUCAAUAAAAAGGGAGAUUAUAUAUUUCAUAAGUUUAAAAAGAGAGAAAUGUUGAUGUCUCUUGGGAAGAUUCAUAUUUUAGUGAAAAUUAAGAUGAUUUUGAGUACAAAACACUAUUACGAAAGUGUAUGUUGAUUAAUUCCAAAGGAAGUGUAUAUGCAUUCAAUCAUAAAUCUAUUUAAGAGUUUUUUGUAGCUAAAUAUAUCGUAAAUUUAUUAGAGAAAAACAUUUUCAAAGAAAAUCAAACAGUUGAUUAACAUUUCUUAGAUUAAACCAGUUUUAAUAAAAGUUUAUUUAAUUUAUCAUUGGAGCAUUAUUCUGGGACAAUAGAAUUGUUAAAACCUAAGAUAAAAUAGAUUGAAGAUAUAAAGAAUAAAUUAAUUAAAAUAGCAUUAUUAUCUAGAAAAAAAUCUAAAAAUUCUAAAUAUAAUCUUAUUAGAUCAGCUUCAAAUUCAAUUUAUAUUCUAGGUUCUUUAAAAGAACAUCUUGAUAAUAUUAAUCUAAGAAAUUUAAAUAUAGCAGAUACUAAAUUGGAUGGAAUAAGUUUUUAUCAAUGCAAUUUGAGUAACUCUAAAUUUAAUAAUGUAUCUAUAGAUUCUUGUAAUUUUAAUUGCGCAACAUUAGAGCAUGCUACUUGGAAAAAUUUGAUUUGCAAAGAAAAACCAUCAAUAAAAGCUCAUAAUGAAGCCAUUAAAUAAGUUGUUUUUAGUGAUGAUGGAAAAUUUUUAAUAUCAGGAAGUUAAGAUGGAGUUAUUUUUAAAUCAGAUUUGUCAGCCGAUUCAGAACCUAAAAAAGCAUAGCUACUAAAUGAUGAUCUAUUAAAAAAAUUAUCAAUAGGAGAAAAUUGGCUUGCUUGCCUUUCAAGGGAGUGUUUAUACCUUUAUAAUUUACUUGAGUUAAAAGAAUCGCAAGGGUAUCGAAAAAAAAGUGAAUAUUUUAAAGAUAUUGAGGAUAUUAGAUUAUCCCCAAAUGAUAAAUAUUUAGCUUUAUUUUUAAAAAAUGGUAAAAUAAUCAUUUUACAAGUAAAAAAUCUACUUCAAUAAUAAGAGUAAUAAUCAAACUAUUGGACAACACAAAAUAUCGUUAAAUGUUUAGCAAUUUCUUCUGAUUAUUAGCUUUUAGCCACAGGUGAUACUCAAAUUAAGAUUUGGAAAUAUACUAAUAUUUCAAAUAUUAAAUUAAUUUUAGAACUUCCAGAAUAAAAAUAUCCAAUACUUUCUAUUUCAUUUUCAAAGGAUAAUUAGGUAAUAGCUGUAGCAAGUGAUAAUAAGAAGUUGGAAUUUUUUAAUAUUUCAAACCUAACUCAAGUUCCAUUAUAAUAUACUUUUGACUAAUAACAAACGAUUUAAUAAAUAGCUUAUUCGAAUGACGGAUAGCUAUUUGCAUCUAGAUCACUCUCUUCAUUGAAAAUAUAUGAGGUUUAAUAGUUACAUUGUCAAUAAGACUUUUUUAGAAUAAAUUCUAAUCUUCAAGUGGAUUUAAUUGAAAUCUCUUCUGAUAGUUAAAUUUUGGCUACUAGUCAUUAAUAAUCUUUGGAAUCUAAACCUAAAAUUACUAUAUGGGACAUUAAAAACUUAUAGUAAAUUAAGAAAAAAUCAGUUUUUGAGGGCCCUUAAAAAUAUAUUUCAACUUUAAAAAUUAGAAAUGAUAAUAUAAUUUUAGGUUCAGGUAGCAUUGAUCAUUCAAUUUGUCUUUGGAAUUUAAUAAAACUAGAAUUAUUUGUGAAAUUAACAUCCCAUUUGGAUAAAAUAUUAGAUCUAGCAUUUUCAUCAGAUGGAAAUCAAAUGGUCUCUUCCAGUAAAGAUGAUACUAUCGUUUUUUGGAAUAUCACCAAAUUAGAUAAACAGUAAAUUGUAAAUACUCCAAAACAACAAGAAGGAACUAAAAAGUUGAUUUUUUGUCCAAAUACUCCACUUUUAGUGUCAAUCGGUGGUUACAGUUAAGAUAAAAUCAUAUAAUGGGAUUCUGUUGGGCUUGAUAUAAUUUCAAUAUAAAAUUACGAAGAAGAAGUUCUAGACAUAAAUUUUAAUGAGAAUGGAGACAUUAUGGUAUCUUUAAAUGAUGAUAGAUAUCUUAGAAUUUGGACAAGAAAUGAGUAAUGUUUUUAUGUUGAAAAAAAAAAAAUACUAAUUGAUGAAAAAGGAAAAUUGUAUAAAGCGUAUUGUUUAAAUUAUUAAAAUAUUAUUGCUCAUAUUGGACAUUUCGUAUAUCAACUAUAGAUCAAUGAUGAAGAAAUUUAAAAAAAAAGUCGUUUUCGCUUUUCGGACACGAGUUGUUGCAAUAGAGUUUCAUAAAAUAAUAAAAUUAUUGCUAUUAAAGAUUCCAAGGAUUUUAAUGUAAUUGAGAUAAUAGUUAUAGAAAAUCAUAACAGUUAAAAUAAUAUUUAUUAUGAAGAGUAAGAUUAAAUCAACGACUUUUAAUUUUCUAAUGAUUCUUCACUUUUGGCAGUUGCAACAAAAAAGGGAGCAUUUAUUAAAGAUAUUAAAAAAAAUGAAAUAUUGUAGAAUUUUCAAGAGGAUAGUUGCUGUUUCUUGAUUUGUUUUAUUGGGAUACAAAAAUUAUCAAUUUUACUAUAGGGAGAACUAGUUUUAUAUGAAACAAAAGAUAUGUAUUCAGUAAAACAAAAAAUCCCUAUCAUCUAAUCAUCUCCGUUGAAACUGAUAUUUUUAGAUAAAAAAUAGGAGAUUUGUUUGUAUAGUUAGAAUAGCAUUAUUUUGAUAAACUUAUAAGAAUUAUAAUAAAUCAAAUUAAUAUAAUUAGAUGAAGGCGUAAAAUCAAGAGAUGUAAUUUUUGCCUAAGAAUAAGUGGGUAUGGCAGUAGGAAACCACAUUUAAUUUAUCUCACUUUCAAAUCCUAUUACACUAGUAUUACUACCCUAAUCAUAUGAUAAAAACAAAGAUCAUGAAUACCUAUAUACUUACUUUUAAUAAGACAAUAAUAUUUUAUCAGUAUUUAACACCGAUUUAUUGUAUUAUUAAUUUGAUAUUAAAUCUAAUUAAACUUUAAAAACAGUAGAAUUGAAAAAUUUUGGUGGAAGGCCUAUCGCAUUAAAUAAUUAACAAACUUUACUAAUUGUCAGUAAGUAAGAAGGAGAAUAAAAUAUAAUGUUAAUUGAUAUGGAAACCAAAAAAAGAGUGACUAUCUUAGAAAAGAUACCUGAUAGCAAAUUCAGUUGUGUAAAUAUUGUUUUUUCUUAAGAUGGAUAAAACUUUGUUACUAGUUAUUCAGACUUAAGAAUUAAAUUUUGGGAUACUAAAUCUUACAAAUUACUCUCUACUUUUAAAACAGAUACAAAUUAAAUCUAAAUCCUUACAAUUUCUAUUAAAGGAAUAUUAGCUUAAACAAGUAAUGAUAUCAUAAAAUUAUGGGAUUUAAAUGCCUUAAAACAAUAAUAAUUAGAAUUAGAUGGUCAUUCUUCUUCAGUUAGAGAGCUCUGUAUUUCUUCAGAUGGUCUCUAAUUAAUUACAGGAUCUGAAGAAGAAAUAAUUAGAUGGGAUUUGAUAGAAUUAAAAAAACUUGAUAUAUUAAUUAAGGGCAAAAGGCUUCCUCAAAAAUUUUGCUUCUCACCCAAUAGUCAGUAUUUUAUUGCUCAAGCUGAAUAAUCAAUUCAUAUAUGGAAAUUUAAUACAAAAUAUAUAAUUGAAUUUCAUAAAAUAUAUUGGUGUGAGCCUGCUUUGGAUAAAAAAUUGUUUGUAGAUUAGAAUCUUGUCAUCUAUAAGAAUGGUAAAUCUAAAAUAUUCAUAUUGAACUUAGAAUAUGUUAGUGAAUAGAUUUAAUUACAAUUUUAAUCUGAUUUAAAAAAUCAAGCAAGAAAGAUUAUUCUUUCAACAAAUUUGCUGAUAAAAACUAAUCCAUUAGAGAUAAUUCAUAUAAAUGAUAAAUUAGAAUUAAAUAAUGAAUAGAUAGAUGGAAUUUCAGCAAGUUAAAUAUCAAAUAUUGCAUUUUGUGCUAAUUCAAAGAUGCUUGCUUUUGAAGAAGAAGAUCAUUCAAUAAUUAUAUGGUCAAUUUAACAAAAGUAAAGAAUGGGGAUAUUAAAUUCCAAUAAAAAUAUAAAUACUUAGCUUUUAUUUAUUUCAUUUUCUGGUAAUAGUAAGAUAUUGUUCUCAUAUCAUUUUGAUAAAAAAAUAAGAUGUUGGAAGAUAACUGAUAAAUUUGAGUUGAUUAAGUUAUAAGAUCUGAGCAAUCAUUUGCACUAGAAAUAUUCUCUAGAUUUGCAUUUGCAUCCUAUUAAAGAUGAGGAAUUUAUAUUGAUUUGGGCUGAAGUGGUUGAAAUUUAACCUCAGUGUUGGGUUGAUAAAUUUUAUUUUUAGAUUGGCCAUGAUAUAGAAGAAUUAUGUAUACCUAUUGAAGAUUUUAAAAAUUGGAACGAAAAAUUUACAACUGCAUUUAACGAAUCAAAUAGCCUAAUUGCCUUAUAAAUUGAAACAAUACUUAAAUUAUAUGAUAUAUCUUAAGGAUAACGAAGAGUAGUUGCAACUUUAGAGGGCAAUCCACUUGAUAAUUUAAUGUUUUCAUCUGAUGGGAAAAUUCUUUUAUCAUUAGGAAUUGAUUUAACAUUAAGAUUGUACGAUAUCUCUGAUUAAAACUCAUUAAAAGUCAAAAUUAAUCUGAAGAAUCCAAUUCAAGCUUUGGCUAUGUCACUUCUAAAUUAAUACAGCAUCAGGAUUUUUACUGAAUUGGGUACAAUAAUUGAUUAAAAUAUUUCAGAUUAUAAAGAAAUAGUUGUUAUCAAAGAUGAAAAUUAGUUUGAUUAUACAGCUUCAAUAAAACAAUUAAAUAUGUUCAAGUAUAGUGGAAAAGUUAAUAAUAGAACUUUGGAGAUUCUUGAUUCUCAAACAAGUUAAUUAAAAUAUACAUUGGAUAAAUUUAGUUCCAAAAUAAAUGCAAUCUCAUUUGCUCCAUCCUAAGAAUAAUUUGUACUUGGAAUGGAAGAUGGAUAGAUAUUGUUCUAUAAGAUCGAUUAGUAAACAACAAAAAUUUAUGACAUACCUGUUUGCUAUCACAUUUUUGCCAAAAAUCGUCUUUUGACGGCUUAAUAUUGCAAAAUUAGAAAAUCUACAUUUAAGACAAUUGAAAAUGUAAAUUUUGAAAAAGUAUUAUGUGAGUAUGGAGCAAUAAAAUGA